ACCUGUCAUAGCUGUGCGGCAGUAGGUACGUACUUUGGCCGAAAGAAUUGAAACCCUCCUCGUGUAUGUAAUUAAUACAUUUUUAUAAUUUCUAUUUCACUUGGUCCAAAAAAACGAUAUUACUCAUAUCAAGAUUUAAAAAAGUGUAACAAAAAUUAUAGUAUGUAGUAUGAAACAAAUUACCAGACUUUGCUUUCAUAAUUUUUAAUCCAAACACUAAAAAUGCAAAACGUGAAUGAAAUAUUAACUCCAGGAAGUAAUAAAGAUCCUACCGAUUUUGUGGAUGCAUUCAGUUCGAUUAAUGAAAGACCAGUUGAUGACAUAUCCUUGGAGUUCUUCUACAGGCCGCAUACUAUUACUCUCCUGGCAGUGUCCAUUGCAUCAGUUAUCUAUUCAGCGUUUGUCAGAGAUGAAUCCAGUAUCCAAGAGAAUAUAUGGUCUGGCAUAUGCUGUGUAGUAUUUUUCUUCUUAAUUAUAUCAGUAUUGACAUUUCCAAAUGGACCAUUUACUAGACCUCAUCCCGCUGUUUGGAGAAUUGUGUUCGGACUGUCAGUUCUUUAUUUGCUCGCACUGUUAUUCCUAUUAUUUCAAAGUCACUCAACAGUGUACGAGAUAAUGUACUGGGUUGAUCCUAAUCUACGCAAUUUCCACAUAGACAUGGACAAGGAAUAUGCAGUUAAUUGUUCCGAUAUAAGUUUUGCCAAAGUCUGGUCACACGUUGAUGUUUUUGCAUGGGGACAUUUUCUAGGAUGGAUGUUCAAAGCAAUUCUUUUCAGACAUGCAGGUUUAUUGUGGGCUAUAUCUAUUAUGUGGGAAAUCACGGAAAUUGCAUUUGCUCAUUUAUUGCCCAAUUUCUUAGAAUGCUGGUGGGAUUCAGUAAUAUUAGAUGUGUUGAUUUGCAAUGGUUUCGGAAUAUGGUGCGGGCUUAAAAUAUGUAAAGCUCUGGAAAUGAGAGAGUAUAAAUGGGUUAGCAUAAGGGAUAUCUCAUCGACGACGGGAAAGAUAAAGAGAGCAAUUCUUCAAUUUACUCCAGUGCACUGGGCUCCUGUCCGUUGGCUAGACCCAACAUGCACUUAUAUGCGAUUUUUUGCCCUAAGCCAGUUAGUGGUAUUUUGGCAAAUAUCGGAACUUAACACGUUUUUCUUGAAGCACAUAUUUGAAAUGCCUCCAUCUCAUCCUCUGGUUAUUGCCCGCCUUUGUUUAAUAGGAGUUAUCGUGGCACCAUCCGUAAGGCAAUAUUAUAUUUACGUAACAGAUCCGAACUGCAAAAGAGUUGGUACCCAAUGUUGGGUAUAUGGAGCUAUUAUGGUUACAGAAUCCAUGUUAUGUAUAAAAAAUGGCAAAGAACUCUUUGGCCAGGCUCAAGUUUGCAAUGUUAUUGUGUGGCUGGUUAUUCAAAUUUUAGUUUCAAUUGGAUGUGUGUAUGGUGUUGUGCUGUACCACUGGUAUUUUCAGCCCAACAAACUCAACACAUCAGGUAGCCCAAAGAAAACGAAUUAAAUUAAUUCCACUGUGAUGUGAAUAAAACUAAUACAUCUAAUCAACCAAGAUUUUAUCUAUUUAAAUAAAUAAAAUGUAGCUACAUAUUAGAUGUUUGUGAUGUUAGUAAAUUAGUAUAGAUGA